CACAUGAACCUGUACCAUACGGAAGUAUUCUAAUGUCCGGAAAUAGCUGAAGGGAUGCGAAUACAUUAAUGCAUAUAGAGGUUUAGAGACUCUUCGGAUCCAAAUGGUUGGCAAAGUAUUUUUCCUUCAUAGAACGAAAAGUACCACCGUAUAACCUGGGAGCCAAAAGGAAAAUAAGGAAAUUAUUGUACGCGUGGCAUUUUGCUUAUUUGUGCUGACGAACGGCCUGCUAGCCGAUUUGCUAUCCCAGCGGAAAUUGCGUUUUGUUAACGGCUUGAAAAUAGUGCAGGAGAGGCUGCUGAAAGAGGGCCUUGGUUUUGGAACUACUUUUCACUUAAUGUGAAACACGGACCUGGGGAAUUUUCUGCUUCCCAUGUUCUGAAUUAUUAUUUUAAAAGUGUUGUUGUUGUUGUUUUUUUUCCUUCUUCUUCUAACCGGAAUUUGAGCACUAAACGCACAAGAUUAGGUAUUUGUCCAGCUAAUGUGCCACGUAUUUUGACAAGCUUGGUUGGCAGUGGUAUUUUUUUCCCCUCCAGGUAGCUUGUGGCUGACUUUACUGGGUAAUUUUCUUUUAAGCCAGUACAUGACUUUUUACAUUCAUAGAACGUAUGAUAAGUACUGAAAUAUCUGUAUAUGUUACGCACUUUGUAUACGUAGUUCAGCGAGCAGCAAGCUACAGAGAGAUGUGAAUGCAAAUAGUCUCUCCCUCCCUUUCCCUUCUCCCCGUUUUUCGCACUGCACAAAAAGUACAGCAUAGAAUUGUUGAAAAACACGUGAUAUGAAGCAGGAGCUGUGAUAAAACGGAAAGGGGACUUUCCAGACCUCACCAAAAACACUGGAACCUGACGAAAAAUCACAAAGGUGGUAUCACUGUAAUAUCCUGAUACAAAAAAAGAAAACUGGGCAGUGAGAAAAGAGGCUGUUUAACACACCUGUACCAAAGACUGUUGCACUUAAAAUCAGAUUGAAAAGGACAAGGAAAUACAGAUGUCUUAAUAGCAAAAACUAUUAAAAAAUUCAAGGCUAUAGCUAUGUAAACAGCCAAAAGGUGGCAAAAUUAUUUAAAGGAAGGAUUUAUGGAAAUAAUUAUAUGAAUUAUCAGCAAGAAGUUCAAUACAAACGAAUGUUCAAAGGAUUGCAGUCCAGUAGUAUGGAAAAGUUACCAGUUUUCUCUAUCAAAAAACAGGCGAAAAGCUAAUUAUUUGACUGAAGUCUUGUCACUAAUGUCAUUGUAGAAAUCUGACACUUUCAGGCAUUUGAAAAAAAACAGCAAUGAAAUCUAUACUGUAAACACACUGGAACGCUACAAAGAACAAAAAAAAUCUUAAGACCUUUAAUGAGUUCUGUGCCCACUUCUCCUUAAUGGAAAGUGGGGGGAAUAGCAGAUCACCAUCCAGAGGAAGAGAGAGCAACAGUGCUUCAGGAACAGGAGGUGGCAGCAGCAGAGCAGGAGGUGGUUCUGGAGCAGGCAGUUCCCGAAGCACCAUUGCUUCAGGCCACAGUUCCUCAGUGAGUGCUGGUGGUAUCAUUGUUGCAUCCUCUGGAGCAGGAGUUGUUCCAGCACCACCACCAAGUGCCAGUGAGUGGGAAAUGUUCCAGUUUGGAAAGUAUCCAGUGGACAUUUUGGAGAUGCUUAGUGGACAUCAGGCCCACCAGUUUAAAGGCCUUGGCUUGGAAAGGCAGCUGCAACAUCAGCAACAAGUUCAGCUACAUCAACACCAGCAGCAGCUCCAGCAGCAGCAGCAGCAGCAGCAACAACAGCAGCAGGGUGAAACCUCAGGAAGCAUCCUUUCUGGAAUUGGCCUGGGAUCAUUGCAAGGAUCUAGAAGCAAUGCUUUUGCUGAUUCCUCUUCUAUUUUUGCCAAAAUGAGUGCCCCACCUCCACCUGUUCAACAACAAGCUCAGUCUGCCUCUUCGCAAAGCUCACGGAAAUCUAGUAAAAUGGGUGUAAAUAGUGGUAGUGGAAGUGGGGGAUCGGUGGCGGGAUAUCCACAGUUCUUGCGUUCUUUUCACCCAACAGAAGCUGCUCUAGCCCAGGAGCAGUUGCAUCCAGGAAUGGGUCGUUUUGAACACUUUGCUGGAGGGAGUGUUGGAGGAGCAACAGGUGUAAUAGGAGGAGUGGUGACUUCUGCUCCUCCACCACCACCACCCCCUUUACAUCCAGCACUGUCUGUUCCACAAGCUUCCCCGGGCCCCUCUUCAUCGUCUCCCUCACCUUCAAGCUCUACUUCCACAUCUAAUAACCCCCCUAGCAGCAGUGCUGUAGCUUCACUUGGACAACAGCUGGUUAGUGCCCAGUCUGAUGCUCGAAGUCUUCACCAGCAGUUUAGUUGCAUGCUAGCUGCAAAUCAAUACUUUCUCUCUGGAGUGCCACCCAAUGCUAGUUUGGAGCAGUUUUUGGUUCAGCAAGGAACCCACAACCAUCUUAGUUUGGGUUUAGGACAGGGCAGUGCCGACACAAAUUCAGGCCUCGCUCCACCCCCUGCUCUUCACCCCUCUCAUGCCCAUGGUCACCCCUCACCUCAACAGCAACAACAGCAACAACUUCCAUCACACACCUUACCCCACCCUCAUUCUCACCCUCAUUCCCAUCAUCCUUUACAUCCAGGAGCUCAGCCCUCCACACUGGGUGGGUUUGAUUUCCAGGGAAUUCCAGUCCUAUCUUCUAAUCAGCUGGCUUCUUUGAUGCAGCAAGAAACUGGCUUGCCCCUUCCUUUACCUCUCCAUUUAUCACUUUCAAAAGAAGAAGGGAAAGACAGUGGAAAUGCAGGGGGGGGUGGAGGAGGCAGAAGAAAAAAAGCUAUGGCUGGGUACUUGCCUCAAAGGAAAUCUGACGGAAAUAAUAGUAGCAGUAAUAACUGUCAUAACAGUGGGGACCCCAACACCAGCUCUGAGGGACAUGGUCAUAAUGCAGGCUCAGGACUUGUUGGAGGGGGAGGAGGGGUCAGUAUAUCAAAUCUUAAUGAUGACCAUUCCUCACUUCUCACCUCAACACCACCGUCUUCUACCUCCUCAGUCGUUUCCUCUUCUUCAUCUUCAGCCCCUUCCUCAACAUCUGCCUCUGUCCUGGUGACAAAUAAUUCUCAAAUUUCUAAACCUGACACUUUAGGAUCUAUAGCACCAACUGUGACACAGCCUGAACCCGAACCCCUCUAUCAUUGUGGAGAAUGUGGGAAGACCUUCACUCAUCUGUCAAGUCUGCGAAGGCAUUUACGCAGCCAUGGGUUGCCUUCUGGAGGUGGCAACCAUAUUACAAACCCCAAUUCGAAUCACAAUCAGCACCAUCAGUCUGAGACCAAUCUCCCCCAUUCAACCCAGGAUCUAACUUCUCAAUCCAAUCCACAUCAUCAGCAACCACAACAGCAGGCUCUCCAGCAACAGUCAAGCUCAGUCCCCACAUCCUCAUCAUCUUGUCCUAGCCCAGAGAAGACUCACUGUUGCACUGAAUGUGGAAAGAGGUUUAAGAAAAGGGGUCAUCUCCUUCAGCAUGGUGUUAUCCAUUCUGGAGUUCGGCCUUUUUCCUGCCCAAUUUGUCAGCGUUCUUUCAACCGCCGUGAGUCACUCACACGUCAUGAGAAGAUUCAUGAAGAUAAACCUUUUCGGUGCCCAGCCUGUGGCCGAUGUUUUCGUGAAAGCACAUCUUUGCUGAAUCAUGCAGCUUCAGGUACAUGUGGCAAGCCUGGACGGGGCUCAAGAUCCAGGGCGAGUAAUAGUGGUGACAAUAGUUCUCUGACUGUUGGGGGAGAGGACUCGUUUGGGCUCAAAAGCAGUAAAACUGGAAUGAUAGCUGCAGGGGCAUACCAAGGGGGACAACUUACAGGUGAGACGAUAGUAUAUGACAAGACUCAGGAAGAAGAGAGAGCGUGUAUAAUGGGGGUUGAUGAGGAUGAGGAGGAAGAGGAAAAGGCUGCAUUAUCUUGUGGGAACUUAUUUCAACAAGGAAGAGAUGGGGAUGCAGACAGGAGUAAAACUGAAGGAAAGUAUGAUGCUGAAUUUUCAAGGAGUCGUUACCAAGUAUCUUAUCGGGGUGAUGACUAUCGGGCAGAUUACAAGCAACAUCGUUCACAUACGAACCCAUCUCCUUGUUAUGCUGGGGAGUCUUCCUGUGGGAAUGGGAUGACUGAGCCAGCACUCAGGAAAGCCCCACUAGCCCCUACUCUGCACCCGCACCCUCAGAGCCAAACUCAACAGCAGCAGCACCAACAGCAACCACAUCUUCCUCUGUCCUCUUUGUUGGAUGAUUCAGAAGAUGAUGUUACCAGUUCUGUCAGCAGUGCAAUGUCAGCUAUUGCUGCAGCUGCCGUAGCCUCGUGUAUUCCAGGGGAGCAUAAUAAUGCGGGAAGUCGAGAGGAACGUAGAGAUAUUAUUGGGGGUUUGUUAGGGGGUCUAGGCUUUGGUUCUCUUGGUGUCUCCCCAGGUGGCCCCACAUCUACAUCUGGGGUGGAUAAGACGUUCAGAUCAAAUCAAAAUGAUGGAUGCAUGGGAAAUGCUAUGAUGAGUUUAACACAGCCCAGUGAACAACACCCCCCCCAGCAGGCCCCAAACAUCAAACCCAAGAGGCCUCGUAAGCCACGGCCAAAGAAAGAGCCCAGAACCGACGGUGAGGGCACCAAACGAAAACGAAACACCCAAAGUGGAGGUGGUGCUGGGAAAGAUGGGACUGAACGACCAUAUCUGUGUAGUGUCUGUGGACGUGGCUUCAGCCGUCGUGAAACCCUCCGUCGGCAUGACCGUAUUCAUACAGGGGAGAAGCCUCACCGCUGCCCUAUUUGUGGCAAAAACUUCCGGGAGGCGUUCCACCUCAGCAAACACCGCACAGUUCAUUCUGGCGAGAAAAACUAUAAAUGUGGCUUAUGUGGAAAAGAUUUUGGUUAUGCACAGAGCCUGAAGAGACAUGGAAAACUCCAUGAGAAAGGUCAUUUUGGAGAUGAGGCCACAGCAGCAGGAACAUGCAACAGUAACAACAGUUCUGCUCCAACCCCAGGGGCUAGCAUGAGCCAAGCAAGUGAUCAAGGAAAUUCCUACUUUUAUUCUCAGGAUAAGACUCAAGGGUCCAGCAGCCAGCCACCAUCCAGACUCUACACUUGUGCGGUUUGCUGGAAGGCUUUCCGACAUCACUUUCACUUAACGGCUCAUCAUCAAGCUGUUCAUGGAAGUGGGGAGAAGCUUUUUUGCUGUGAAGUGUGUGGAAAGGCUUUUGCAUAUGCUAACAGCUUAACAAGGCACAGACUGUCCCAACAUGGUUUGCCUCGAACUAGGCAGGCUAACACACCUGGAGCUAGUGAUGAAUCUGGAGUACAUGCAAGUAAUAAUUUGAUACCUGAGAGUGAAGUGGCCACAAAUACCCUGCUUCAGCUUGUGCCUCCUAGUGGAGCUCAUGGUGGUCCUCAGACCCAUUCUGCUGUCUCACAAACACAACAGCCACCCCCUCCUCAGUCUUCAUCUUGCCUUUCUCCUCUGUUCUACCUUCCAGAAACAAGUCCUUUAAAUACUCAUGUUUCCUCACUUUCUCACAUCCCCCCCAAUCAUUCCUCUAUAAACCAUAACCACCAACAGGCUACAACUAUUAAAGGGGAGCCCCUUCACCAAACUGCUUCGGCCAGCCUUCUCACUCCUUCGUCCCAUUUUCUGCCCUCCUCUCAGCUGCAGCAGCAGCGUCAUGCAGUUGAUAUGAAAACGUCUAAUAUGAAUUUCCAAAAUCAUCAAACAGAGUCUCAUGUAAGAAAGCAAAAGAUAAAAAAAGGAAACGACUCAAGUUUAUCCAGAGAGGCAAAGGGAGAGAAGGAUAAUGCAGUGUGCAUGUCUGCCCAAAGGAAAAGUCAUAACAGAGCUAAACAAAAGAAGAGAAGAUUCCAUCAACCGCUGCUUAGGAAGAACCUGGCACAGCUUCUUCAGUUGAGGGGAAUACAGAACUCGUGGCAUGGAGGUACACUAAACUUUGGAUGUCUGUCAUCUUUAGGAGUACCCCAGAAACGCUUUCCAUGCCCCUAUUGUCCAAGCACCACAUUUCCCCGACAGGCUGCACUGUUGGUCCAUUGCGCUGUAAGACACCCUCCAAGAUCCUGUUCCCGCCAAGCACGUUUGGUGUGCUUUGUCUGUGGGAAGCGCCAUCGACGCUUAUUUGCAGCACUUGCUCAUCGAACAUUCCAUCUUGUUCAAGGGUCUUACUCUUGUUCACGAUGCCCCUCACAUUUUUGGAAUGGAAAUCUCCUAAGGAGGCAUAAGAUUGCUUGCCGUGGUAUUGGGAGAGGUGGUUUGAAACUAAUAUCUUUGUUAAAAUCAGUAGGAAGAAAGAGAGAAGAAAGGCAAAAUAACAGAAGCAUAGUGCUAACUGACCCUAGACCGUAAAAUACACUCAUAACUGAGAAGUUCAGAUUUGAUUGAGAAAAGGAUGUUAAGAAUUUUGAUGAUUCGGGUCCAUGUAUUCUUACUGAACAUUGUUAAGAUACAUUUUAACAUGAAUCAUUUGUACCUUUACAUGGAUUCAUAAUACAAAAAAGACUUCAACCGAAGAAACCUGUAGACAAGGACUUCCAGAGACUUGUUUUAUAUAUGACUGUUCUCGCAACUUCAGGCCCACAGUGUUGUCCCUAUUUGGUUGACAAUGUAUGGGAAUAAUAGAUGUAUAGCAAUAUCAGUGAAUUUAUCCUAAUAGUAUUGUCUGUUCUAGUUGAUUUCUGCCAUUAUCAAACAUUCAUUUUAUGCUCUUGUCUCUGCUGUGUGCUAUGUGCAGUUUUUAUACGAGUUGUUUUUUUUUUUUUUUUUUUUUUUUUUUUAAAGCGUACAACAUGAAACUUGUUUGGAACUGUUGAACUUUUUGUUAAAACUUCAUCAAUAUCAGUUGAACAUACUCACAAUGUUACCUGCUUUGUCGCUUGGAUUGUGAUUUUACUUACUGUAUUUUGGGAGGACACUUUGUGACUAUAAGCAUCAGAGUCAAAUUACAUAACACUGCCAAUAAAAAUAAGGGUGAUUUUAAAAAGAGGAAAUAGAAGAUGUAUUUAACCCAGCUGACUUGUGUAUGGUCCUUUCCAAAAAUGCAUAUUCAAUUUUAACUAGCAAAACAGGAUAACUGUAAUUACAUUUUUUUUUUUAAUCUUUGGACUGUCGUUUCAGAUUGACAUGGGAAGACAGGUGGGGAAAAUACAGCUUGUAGUAUACAAUGUAUAUUAGUGUUUUAAGUGUUUUAGGCUAAGCAUAAUUUAGAUUCAUUGUUGGCUUGACAAAGAGAAGGGAGGGAUGUGGCAGGGGUGGAUAUUUUUUAUUUUUGUUAAUCAGAUGUAACAAUGUGAUUGUUCACUCUUUCCACAUCCCAGUCCUCUAUGUAGUCCCUGAUGUAUACACAUGACCUAAAACCAUGUUCAUACUUGCUAUUCUAGGUUUUUUAAAAUAAAACCUCAAUCUAUUUCAAUGAUUUUAAAUAACUAUGUUUGAUAUUUCAAGAAUAAAGGGAAGCUUCAAAGUG